UUGUUUACAUUACAACUGAUUCUCAGUUUCUUAUUUGCAAAAAGAAAGUGUCUAAGAAAGUUGUUAUUUGUUAUUAGAGCUCCAAACGUACUUGUUUUUAAAAUUGUAAAUUAAUUGUAAAGCAGUUUAUUUGGUUAUGCUGAAAUCAAAUGGCGCCAGUUCUGUGUAUUUACAUUCAAAGACAUAAAUCACAGUCUUAAAUUUUUACUUUUGUUUUACUAUUGAAAAGAGCUCACAAGAUGUACUAUCUAAACAACGAGACUGCCGCUCUUCCUUCGACGGUUAAUUUUGCACAAAGGGAGGCACACUCAUCUACUUUAGAGCUAAAGACUGUAUCCAUAAAUCCAGAUGACACUUACACUGUUCAGCAGGCGAUCAAUGCCUUCGGUUUCGGUUGGUUUCACGUCAAGUUGUCGCUUCUGGUGGGUCUCUGCUGGAUGUCCGACUCCAUGGAGAUGGCCAUCUUGAGCAUCCUCGGUCCAGCUCUAUUCUGUGAGUGGAAUGUCACAAAACUCCAACAGGCCUCGGUCACAACCAUUGUGUUUUUGGGCAUGAUGCUGAGUUCCAGUUUUUGGACACAACUAAGCAAUAGAUAUGGUCGAAAGUCGGCCCUCACUUUAUUUGGAGUAUUAUUAGUCUUAUAUAGCAUACUAAGUUCAGUGGCUCCCAGUUAUGCCUGGCUUUUAACCCUCAGAGGGCUGGUGGGUUUUGCAAUUGGCUGCGUUCCACAAUCGGUCACCUUAUAUGCGGAGUUUCUGCCCACCAAACACAAGGGAAAGUGCGUGGUGCUAAUGGAUUGUUUCUGGGCCUUGGGAGCUUGCUUCGAAGUUGUUCUAGCCCUAGUUGUCUAUCCUUACUAUGGAUGGCGUGGACUUUUGGCUCUUUCAGCAACGCCUCUAUUAAUUUUUACACUUUUAUCACCGUGGCUUAGUGAAUCAGCACGCUAUUACUCUUACAAUGGGCAUAAUGACAAAGCCAUCAAGGUUUUGGAACAGAUAGCUCAUAAUAACAAAAGACAUAUGCUGAUGGGUCGCUUGAUGGCCGAUGAGGAACCGAGUUCUACGGAGAGUUUCAGAUCGCUACUCAGUUCGAACCUAUAUCGCACCACUAUACUGCUGUGGUUUAUAUGGCUGGCUUCGGCCUUCUGUUACUACGGAUUGGUGCUGGUCACAACCGAGCUUCUGGUGGCCAGAAACAAGGAGAAUAACCCAAAUGAGUGCGUUACCUUUAUGACGUCCGACUUCAUGGAUCUGCUGUGGAUUACGCUGUCGGAAUUUCCGGGCAUACUAAUAACAAUCAAGGUUAUCAAACUAUUUGGCAAGAAGAGAACCAUUGUUCUGCAAUAUCUGGUUCUUGUACUCUGCACUUUGGUGUUGAUGUCGGUUACAAGUCGCUUUUCUACGUCCGUAACGCUUUUCAUUGCCCGUGGAACGAUAUCUGGUAUUUUCCAGGCUAUAUAUGUGUACACUCCGGAAAUAUACCCCGCCGCUUUGAGAUCCGUGGGCGUUUCGGGAUGUUCCGUGUUGGCCAGACUUGGUGCUAUGCUAACCCCCUUUGUGGCCCAAGUUUUGAUGGAUUCAUCCAAGGUUCAAGCUAUGUCCACCUAUGCGUUCGUUGGCUUACUGGCCUCCAUUGCCUGCGCUUUUCUGCCCAGAGAGAAUGUUGGCUAUCAUUAAAUAUUUAUAUAUAAAUUAUUAUUAUUAUUAAAGACUUUAAUCGAAUAGGUUUGCCUAGUUUUAGGCUUCGUCUAAGUUUUUGUA